GGGAAGAAAAAGACAAGAAAACGAAAGAGGAAGAAAAAGACAAGAAAACGAAAGGGGAAGAAAAAGACAAGAAAACGAAAGGAGAAGAAAAAGACAAGAACCAAAAGGGGAAGAAAAAGACAAGAAAACGAAAGGGGAAGAAAAAGACAAGAAAACGAAAGGGAAAGAAAAGGACAAAAAAACGAAAGGGAAAGAAAAAGACAAGAAAACGAAAGGGGAAGAAAAAGACAAGAAAACAAAAGGGGAAGAAAAAGACAAGAACCGAAGGGAACGAAGAAAAAGAACCGAAGGGAACGAAGAAAAAGACAAGAACCGAAGGGAACGAAGAAAAAGACAAGAACCGAAGGGAACAAAGAAAAAGACAAGAACCGAAGGGAACAAAGAAAAAGACAAGAACCGAAGGGAACGAAGAAAAAGAACCAAAGGGAAUAAAGAAAAAGAACCGAAGGGAAUAAAGAAAAA